AUGCGCGCGCUGGCCGACGCGAUCGCGGGAUCGGCGAUCGGUGAGGAUGGACGCCGCGCGGCGGAAAUCGCGCUUGAGACGCUUAAAAUGGAGGCGACGCGCGCGUUGUCUGGGCUCGCGGGCGCUGCGUCGACGACGAACGCCGCGCGUGACGACGCGUGCGAUGAGAUGUUUCUCUGGGCGACGCAACGAGGGGCGAUGUUUAAGUUCGUGGCGAACGUCAGCGAAGGGGGGAUGCGAGAGGCGCGCGCGAGCGCCGCCGUCGACGCGGGCGACGCGGCGGCGCGCGUGCCUUGGGACGCGUUGCUCGGCGUCGAGCAGGCGGUGCUUUCAUCGUCCGCGCCGAUUUGUGAGGUUUUGAAACAACUCACGGCGAUGGGCGAUCAAAUCAUCAUGACGAUAUGGCUCGCGGCGGCGAUGAGCGGCCAGGACUCGCGCCUGUACGAAGCGUGGGCGCCGACGCUGCGCGCGCUUCCGCGCGCGCCGUGCACCGCGUUGGCGUGGGAUGUGGACACCAUGCGACUCGUCAUGGACCACGAUCAAGUCGAACGAUUGAUCGAUUACCAGCGAAAAGUACGAGUGCAGUACGACGCGUUGUUCCCGGCGUUGUGCGAACAAGUGCCGGAGGCGUUUCCCGCGAGCGUAUUCGGCGAUUACUCGCGAUUCGCUUUAGCGUACGACAUUUGGACGUCGUACGCCAUGAAGGUGCAGGAUCCUCAGACUUUGCAAAUUUACGAGGUUAUCGUUCCCGGCGUGUUUUUGUGUAAUCACGCGUUGUACGCGCACUCCGUGCGAUACACGUCAUUGGAGCGCGGAACGCGCGCGUUUCGACUAGAACUCGCGCGCGGCGCGCGCCCGGGCGACGCGAUCACUAUAUCGUACGGUCGUUUAGACAACGCCGACUUAAUGGCGUAUUACGGGUUCACUCUGCCGAGCAACCCGUACGAUCGCGUGGUGCUUUCAUCGCUCGCGUCCCAAGCGAACGAGGAACAAACAGCAGCGCUCGCGCGCGCUUCGGAAAUGUGCGGAGUCGAUUUGACGGAGCUUCCCGCGUGCAUCGCGCUCGAUGGUUCGCUCGAUCGCGUAUUGACGCAAAUGAGGAUCAUGAGCGCUCCGCAACGUUUUAUGGAGUGGUGUGAACGGAUAGAUGGAUACCAUCCGUACACCGUCGUCGACGGCGAACUCGAGUACAAAGUUCUCUGCGAGCUGCGGUCGCAUCUGUGCCAUUUAGUGGCGGAGCGGCAAGCAUCAGAGGGUUCGCUCAGUCACCGCCUGAGCACGGUGCACCACGAAAGCACCCACUCAGUCGCUAACGCGACGCGUUGGUAUCUUUCCGGGCAAAUUGGGAUCAUGCAGUCGGCGCUCGCGCGUGUUGACGUCCUCCUCGCGUCCUACGGGUCGGGCAAGCGCAGUCGCGACGAAAUCGAAUAG